AGCUUCUCCAGCACUCUCACCAAGAACAUUGUGGCCAUGCUGGUAUGGCUGACCCUCAGCAUCAUCAACGGCAGCAUGGUGCACACCUUCCUCAGACACAGUCUGUUCUUCGAGAACCCUCGUUACAUCAUGUUCAUCUGCAUGGUGAUCAACGACGCCCUGCAGCUCACCCUGGUGACCGCUCUGUACGUGCUCAGCUACAUCUUCAGGAAGAUCCACGCCUCCGUCUGCGGCCUGCUGAUCAUGACGGCCGUCCUCACCACCCGCUCCACGCCUCUCAUCCUGGCCGGCAUGGCGGUGGAGCGCUACAUCGCCAUCUGCUUCCCCUUACAUUACGGCCACAUGUGCACCGUCCCCCGCACCCUCCUCCUCAUCGGGGUCAUCCUCGUCCUCACGGCCACGCCGCCGCUCACCGACCUCCUCAUCACCAUCGUCCACGAGCCCCCGAGCUUCUUCCACAACGCCAUCUUCUGUGACCACCCGCUCCUGUUCCGCCACCGCUCCGUCUACUACAAGAACUGCGUGUUUGACGGCGUCUACCUGUCCUUCGUCGCCCUCGCGCUGCUCUACACCUACUGCAAGAUCAUGCUGACCGCCCACGCCGUCUCCACCGGGCUCGCCUCCGUGAAGCGAGCCAGGAACACGGUGCUGCUGCACGGCGCGCAGCUGCUGCUGUGCAUGCUGGCGUUCGUGGUCCCCUCCCUGCAGGCCGCUCUCAUCUCUCUCUUCCCGCGCUUCAGCGUGGAGAUCCGUUACAUCUUCUUCCUGGUUGUCUACAUCAUCCCUCGCUUCCUGAGCCCGGUCAUUUACGGCUUCAGGGACGAGCUGUUCAGGAAGUACUGGACCCGGUACCUGACCUGCGGGAGCCGGAGUGUGGUCAGGGUCCACCCGGGGUUACCGAAGGUCAACCUGUAG